ACAAGGUUUUUCUUCAGCACAGAUGACAGUCGCUUUGAGUUAAAUUCUGAUGGAGUACUAACUGUGAGUAACAGACUUGAAAUGAAGUUCCCUUUUUAUUAAAAAAAAAAAAAAAAAAAAAAAAAGAUACUUGGGUUUGGUUUUCAUCUUGAAGCUCCUUUAUAUUACAUCCUUAAACCUUUACUGCUUCAAUGAACAUUCAAGUUCCUUUUGACCACUUCGGAUUUUUUCAAUACUUGCAAACAUUUCUCAAUCUUUUAUUUUAGGUGAAAAGAGCAGUUGUUCUUCAUGAAGGACAUCAGGACUUUUAUGUCCACUCCUGGGACUCACAGGGCAACAAAAGUACUGUUCCUGUCAAGGUCCUGCGACAUGGACAUCACCAGAGGCAACAACAUCACCAUGUAAGCAGAGAUGCUGAGCAGCACCAUGGAGGCCAGAGACACCAGAACCAUCACAACACUGAGGUGGAUCCUGCCACUACCAAAGAGACUGCGGGACAUCCAGACAUGGCAGUCCUUUUUUUUCCCAAGUUGAGAAAUGGAUUGAGCAGGAGGAAGAGAGACUGGGUUAUCCCUCCUAUCAAUCAUCCUGAGAAUCACAAUGGACCCUUUCCAUUUAAAAUGGUUCAGAUUCGCUCCAAUGAGGACAAAAUAAAGACGAUCACCUACAGCAUCACGGGUCCAGGAGCUGAUGAAGAUCCAGUAGGACUCUUUACAAUGGACAAAAACACCGGGGACCUCUAUGUUCAUCAGAGACUCGACAGAGAGAAACAAGCACGCUAUAAGCUGAUGGCACAUGCUGUUGCUGAGUCGAACACUGCAGAGGAUCCCAUGGAAAUUAUCAUCAAUGUAAUUGACAUGAAUGACAACAAACCUCUUUUUGAACAGUCAUCCUAUGUGGGAGAAGUUGCUGAAUCCUCACCAAAAGGGACUACAGUGAUUCAGGUUUUAGCCACUGAUGCUGAUGAGCCAGGAAAUGACAACUCGAUUAUCAAAUACACUAUUCUGAGCCAGGAACCAAAGCUACCCAGUGACCAUAUGUUUGUCAUUAACACCAACAAUGGAGCCAUCAUGGUUGAAGAUGCUGGUUUGGACAGAGAGGCGUAUCCUGAGUACACUCUGGAAAUACAGGCAGCAGAUCUGAGAGGAGAAGGAUUAACUGGAAAAACAAAAGUAGUUUUGAAAGUGACGGAUAGAAAUGACAACGCUCCAGUCUUUCCUGAAUCUACUUAUCAGGGAUCAGUUGAUGAAAACGCAGUGGGGGUUCAGGUUGUUAAAUUGUCAGUAACUGAUAAAGAUGAACAGAACGCCCCAGCAUGGAACGCCAAGUUCAAGAUUAUCAGUGGAGAUCCUGAGAAGUUGUUUUCCAUAGAAACAGGAUCAAACAAACAAGAAGGAAUCAUCAAAACUGCUCAGGGACUGGACUUUGAGAAAAGCAGAACACACACUCUAUCUGUUAUUGUGGAGAACGACGUUCCUUUUGCCGUUGAAGUGACCACCUCCACCGCCACAGUGGUGGUGACCGUGAAGGACGUCAACGAGCCUCCAGUCUUUAAAGAAAAGGAGAUGUUGGUUCAUUUUCCUGAAAACUUACCUGUGAACAGUGUGAUCACAAAGUGUGAGGCGGAAGACCCAGACUUUGCACGUGAAAACACUGUGAAGUAUAAAAUAAUUGAUGACCCUGAAGGCUGGCUGAAAGUGGACGAGGAUACAGGGCUGGUGAAGGUGAAAACCCUCAUGGACAGAGAGUCUAUUCGUGUGACGGACAAUAAAUACACGGCGCUCAUCGGUGCUUAUGACAACGAUCCAGUCCCAGCCACUGGAACUGGCACGUUGAUCAUUACGCUUAAAGAUGUCAACGACAACGCCCCAGUAAUUGAAGAACGGAAAGCGAUGGUUUGCAGGAAAGCUCGCAUUCCUACACUGCUGACUGUUUUGGACAAAGACGAAGCCGCUCAUUCUUCUCCUUAUAAUGUGGCGGUACAUGAGAAGUUUCAAGCCAACUGGACGGCACAGAUGAACAAAACCAGAACCGGAAUUGAGUUGACUUUGAAAAAGUCUGACAUUCCUGCCGGAAUUUACAAAGUGAUCCUGAGGGUUGCAGACCGCGAUAACCUGGAGCAAGACAGCUCCAUAAAUGUAGAAGUGUGCGACUGUGCAGAAAAUGGAGUUUGUCUUGGGUCUAGAAAGGGCGUUGAAGAAGCAAUGUCAUCAUAUAUUUGGGGAAUACUUGGAGCUGUGCUGCUGCUGCUGGUAAUUGCGAUUUUGGGAUUGUAUGUAUACAAAAGACACAAGGGACAACAGAAAGAGGACGAAAAGGACAAACUAAUUAAGGACGAACUAAUGAGAGACAGCAUCUUCCACUACGCUGAGGAAGGAGGUGGAGAAGAUGAUCAGGACUUUGAUCUGAGCGUUCUCCACUAUGGCCUCGACAACAAACCUGAUGUAUUGCGAAGUGACAUGAUGCCUUCGACCAUGUCCCGCCCCACAUACCGAACUUUGCCUGCUAACCCAGAUGAAAUUGGCAACUUCAUUGAUGACAACUUGAAGGCAGCAGAUGAAGACCCUACCGCGGCCCCCUACGACUCUCUCCUGGUGUUUGACUACGAGGGCGGGGGCUCGGACGCUGGAAGCCUCUCAUCUGGGAACUCUAGCAACAGCGGAGAUCAGGACUACAACUGCCUCAACGAGUGGGGCCCCCGCUUCAAGAAGCUGGCUGACAUGUAUGGGGGAGGAGAAGAUGAUGACGACAUGCUGUGAAAGACUUGGUUGAUGACCCCACACAGAAACAACCCAUAGUGUUUAGUUUUCAGUGACAAGCUCUUUGCAGCUUCCUCCCACAGGCUUUAUGGGCUCUUUUGGUGCUCUAAGUUGUACAGAUGUUGGUCUUUUUUUAUUUUUCUGGAACUUUCUGGGGAUUCUAAAUGCACUGGUAAUGGUGGGAUCUCAUUUAAAAAGUACAGUGGUUUGCUUUCCAGGUUUCUAUUUUUGCUUUUAAGUUUCAGGUCCAUUAAAACUGUUUGUGAACUAAUUUGGAAUGAAAUGAAAUCCAGCCAGCCAUCACUAAAGAGCUGCAUGAGUUUAAUAGACAUGUUUUGUUUUUAGCUUGCUGCUGCAGCUUUUAAUGGGAAUCAAGAAGAUUUUUUGAUUUGUAUGUGGGUAUGGAUUCAACUGUAACUGCUCUCUCUUACUAGCCUUAUUUACAAGUC